AUGAGUCGCGAGGUGCAGAAGGAGAACGCCACGCCGAGCGGUACGACCGAGGGUCACCAGUACGUCGGGCCGUACCGGCUCGAACGGACCCUCGGCAAGGGCCAGACGGGCCUGGUGAAGCUGGGCGUCCACUGUGUCCUCGGCAAGAAGGUGGCCAUCAAGAUCAUCAACCGCGAGAAGCUCAGCGAGUCGGUGCUGAUGAAGGUCGAACGGGAAAUUGCCAUUAUGAAGCUAAUCGACCAUCCGCACGUCCUCGGGCUGACGGAUGUUUACGAAAACCGGAAGUACUUGUAUCUCGUGCUGGAGCACGUUUCCGGCGGGGAGCUGUUCGACUACCUGGUGAAGAAAGGCCGCCUAACCCCGAAGGAGGCCCGAAAGUUCUUCCGGCAGAUCAUUUCCGCACUGGACUUCUGCCACUCGCACUCAAUAUGCCACCGGGAUCUGAAGCCCGAGAAUCUGUUGCUGGACGACAAGAAUAAUAUUAAAAUUGCCGACUUCGGUAUGGCGUCGCUGCAACCGGCCGGUUCGAUGCUGGAGACAUCCUGUGGUUCGCCGCAUUAUGCGUGUCCCGAGGUCAUUCGGGGUGAAAAGUACGAUGGCCGUCGGGCGGACGUGUGGUCCUGUGGCGUCAUCCUGUACGCGCUGCUGGUCGGAGCCCUUCCGUUCGAUGACGACAACCUACGGCAACUGUUGGAGAAGGUCAAGCGCGGCGUGUUUCACAUUCCUCACUUUGUACCGCCCGACUGUCAGAGCCUACUGAAGGGCAUGAUCGAAGUGAACCCCGAAAAGCGUCUCACGCUUGCCGAAAUCAACAAGCAUCCGUGGGUGACGGCCGGCGGCAAAGGCGAACUGGAGCUGGAGCUCCCAAUGAUGGAGGUGGUCCAGACGCACGUCAUCCCGAACGCGUCCGCCGUCGACACGGACGUGCUGAACGCAAUCUGCUCCCUCGGGUGCUUCAAGGAGAAGGACAAACUCAUCCAGGAGUUACUGAGCCCGCACCACAACACCGAGAAGGUGAUCUACUUUCUGCUGCUGGACCGGAAACGGAGGCGCCCGGCGAUCGAAGACGAAGAGGAAGUGCUGCGGCCCCGCAACGAUAUUAUCGAGAUUGCCGACCCACCCCGGAAGCGGCUCGAUACGUGCCGCAUCAACGGGAGCAGCAGCCUGGCGGCGUACGGUCAGAUUAGCGAAGGCUCACCGCUUACCUCCCGGCGCCAAACGUUCAAUAAUGGCCACCGGAGCCACAGCGGGAGCACCGGCAGUGCCAGCCGCCGUUCGCCGUCGUCCGUGCCCCUGUCGCGCAGUUCAUAUCAGAGCCCGACGCGGGGCGUCGUAGUCAACUCCUCGCAGCCACUAAAUCAACUCCAUCCGCCGCCAUCGCCGAACGCGGCCUCGAACCGACACUCGAACUACUCGCCACGGAACAGCACCAAGUCGCAGGUGAUCGAAUCCUCGUCGCCCGUACACCAUCGGGCCAACUCCGGCCCAGCCGUUACGGUCGGGCUGUUCUCGGAGACCGACUCCAAUAAUAUGACAUCAUCAAUCAAUGCCAUCCCGGGUUCGCCGAUACUGGGCAGCGCGCAGCAGCAGCUGCAGGCCGUUACCACCGGCAGCCAGCUGUGGAAGACACGACUGACGAACAUUAAGAAUAGUUUCCUUGGCAGUCCAAAGUUUCACCGUAGAAAAAUGCAAAUAUCAACCGAAGAAGUGCAUCUUACUCCGGAGUCGUCGCCGGAGCUGACGAAAAAGUCCUGGUUCGGGAACCUCAUGACGACCGAAAAGGACGAAACGUUUACAGUAUUAGUGAAGGGUAAGCCGCUAGCGACGGUCAAAGCUCACCUGAUCCAUGCCUUUCUCUCGAUGACUGAGCUGUCGCACAGCGUCCUCUCGCCAAUGUCUUUCCGGGUCGAGUACAAGCGGGGCGGUACCGGGCCGACCAUGUUCCAGCGGCACGUGCGGAUACAGGUGGACAUCAACACGAUCUGCAAGCAGGGCGACGUCGGCGACAUGCUGUUCGCGAUCACGUUCACGCUCAUCUCCGGCAACAUCCGGCGGUUCCGGCGGAUCUGCGAGCACAUCCAGGCGCAGGUCUGCUCGAAGCGCUACCCGGCCCUCAGCAGCCCCACGAACCAGCACAACAACAAGUGCACCAACAGUGUCGCCGAAAGCAUAUCCUGCGGGUCGGACACGAGCGAUCGCAUCAACUACAACAAGCACGAGUCCGAUAUCGAGCAGGAAACGUUCUACGAUACGACCAGCAUCGGCAAGACGCGCCGCUCGUCGGCCACCUCUUCCAACAAGAACUCGGUCUCGUCCGACGAGAUCGAAAUCAAAACCGUCCGCUCGAGCUCGGAAUCCACCGAACGGGAGCGGGAACGCAGCACGGAACGGCCGGCGGCCAUGUCCGGUAGUGCGCUGGUAUGA